AUGAGUGAUAUUUCUCGUCUCAACAGUCGCUCCAAGCGAAAGAAGAGUGAGGACCACGGAGUCAUGCAGAACCUGGAGGCAUCCAGCCUUGCUAUUCUCGAGACUGAGAGUACUGAUAACGUCUCCGGCCCUGCUAAGACUGAGGGUAACAGUAUCGGCAAUGAUUCUCCUCCGACGAAGAAGAAGAAGCGCACCCGCAAGCCUCGCAAGGUUAUCAAGGAUCAACCUCGUGAGACUCCUUGCGUAAGAUGCAUUGCUAGAAUGGCCGACAAAGGUCACGAACACGUUUGUUUCUCUCAAGCUUCCAAGAUGGCCUCCGCCUGCUACGACUGCGCCCAGAUGCGCAGUAGCUGCGAACUUCCUGCCGGUGAAGCUGUUGAACUCGGACAGCAGCUCCAGAACUUUGCCCUCCACAUCGUUGACAGCCAAAGCGCCGAUGAAAGAGCUACACAGGUCGAAUGGCUUCAAAGAGCUGAGGCUGCCAAGUCAUCUCUCACCGCGAUCCAGGAGACGCCUAGUGUUGCUCCUAAUGAAGGAUCGCAGAGCGUUUCUGAGGAACUCCAGCCUACUCCUUCUGGCAACAUGCCUCCUGUUGGUAGUAUGCAACCCUUUUCAACCGCUCCUACGCACUCUAUCCAACCUGGGCAGCACUAUAUGGCUGCUCCCCAGGGCAUGUCUGUUCCCGGAAGCUUUGCUGCUGCUCAGUAUCCCCGGGGCUUCCAAAGUGUCCCAGCAGGUGGCAUCAUGAAUCCCCAGGGGCACCCUUUCCAUGGUAUCUCUCACCUUGGCCCUGGGCCUUAUAACAACUACCCCCAGUGUCCGUUCAGCCGCCUUGAGUCGUCCUUGAGUCGAGUUGCCGCAAGUGUCGAAGCAACCCACAGACUCGUCCAACAAAUCCUAGCUCAAGGUGACCAGAACACCAACGCCCCCAUCAAUUUCAACCGCUAG